AUGACACUCCUCAAGUCGCUAGCCCAACUUGCCGCCGCUCUCGCUGUUGCAGGAAACCUCCUCACCGCGUCGGCUUUUGAUCUGUCUCGCACAGAUAAUAUUGUAGAAUAUUAUGGUCAGAAUUCCUACGGCGCAACCAGCACGGACACAUCGUUAUGGCAGCAAAACUUGGCCUUCUACUGCCAGGAUGACACGAUCAGUACUUUCCCAUUAGCAUUUUUGACCGUUUUCUUUGGAACCGACAACCUUCCUGAGAUCAAUUUGGCCAACACCUGUAACUCCGUAGACAAUAGUGUAUUCAGUGGUACGAGUCUGGCGAACUGCCAGUUCAUGGCAUCGGACAUUCAGACGUGCCAAGCCGCCGGAAAGAUCAUCACUCUAAGUCUUGGGGGUGCCACCGGCGCUGCUACAUUCUCCAGUGACUCCCAGGCCGAAGAAUUCGCGCAGACCAUAUGGGACCUCUUUUUAGGGGGCUCCAGUACUACGCGGCCAUUUGGUGAUGCGGUGUUGGACGGAAUUGACCUGGACAUUGAGGGUGGAGGCAGUACCGGAUUUGUGGCUUUCGUGAACAAGAUUCGGUCAUUAGCUAGUGGAGCGGACAAGCAGUACUACAUCACUGCGGCACCCCAAUGUGUUUUCCCGGAUGCGAACUUGGGAUCCGUCUUGAAUUCGGUUGGAUUUGACGCUAUAUACGUUCAGUUCUACAACAACUGGUGUGGUCUCCAGAACUAUGGCAACGCCAACGCCUGGAAUUUCGGAACUUGGGACGACUGGGCCAAGAAUACUUCGCCUAAUCCCAACGUGAAGGUUUACAUUGGUGCUCCUGCUUCUUCAACAGCUGCAGGGAGCGGCUAUGUCGAUGCUGCAACCUUGGCCAACAUCGUAACUCAGACUCGUAACCAGUAUUCUUCUUUCGGUGGUGUCAUGUUCUGGGAUGCUUCGCAAGCUUAUGCCAACGGUCGUAUUGACACUGCUGUUAAGAGCGCCCUCACGGGAGGUUCUACAACGACAUCAACCUCUACGACGACAACCAAGACCACAACUACUACUUCCAAGACCACAACGACGACUUCCACGACUACACCUCCUACAACUUCCACGACUACGACAACCUCAGCCACAACAACUACGACGUCCAGCGGAGGAAGCACAAGCUGCAACGGAGUUGCCGCUUGGAGCAGCACGACUACGUACGUGGGCGGAAACCAAGUCACCUAUAAUGGCCAAUUGUGGACUGCAUCCUGGUGGUCGUAUAAUGACACGCCCGGAGGUGCCGCUGGUGUCUGGGUUAGUCAUGGCUCCUGCGCAUCCCUAAAGGUUGCUUCCACCGCCACGACUGCCACCCCUGCUGCUACCUUGACCGACUCCCGACAUGUCGUAGACAAAGCUCGAACGAUCAACACGGUAGUACCUGAAACUGGUACCCCAGCUUCUGUUGAAGCUACAGCAGCUCCUACUGGUAACCCUCGGAUGAAGAGAGUCCACUUCUCGUCAGGAUUCUGA